AUGCGAAAACCUUCUAAAGAGGACAUAUGUGUAUACUGUAGAAACCACAGGCUUCAUUGUACCUAUACUUUGGGUGGAAAACGCGGUCCAAAGCCUAGAUUUCUUAACUUACGAUCUCCUUUUAAAGUUAAUUUUUAUAAACCUAAUAUUGAAGAAUUCCGAUUCUUCUCAUUAAAUUUUGGAACUUCACAUCUUUAUAACAAUAUUAUUACAACUCCUUUUAUAAAAUUUCAAUCCUUCUAUUCAAACAUUGAAGCCACACCCGCUUAUACUAUUCCUUCUUUCAGAACUACUGAUGCAUUUAUUGGUCAAGGAAUAAUGUCAAAUAAUAAUCCAAAUACCGCGUUAAUUAACUCUUAUGAGAGCGCCACUGAAGAAUUCCAAUUCUGUUCAUUAAAUCAUCCUUAUUACGACGCUAUUAUAGCCCCUUCUAGAACUACUGAGGCAUUUAUUAACAAUGAACCAGCACUAAAUAAUCAAAAAUAUUACUUUUUAUGA